GUGUUAUAUAUAUACCUAUAAAGGACAAGUCUAUUAAUAUCUAUCUUUGUUCAUUUCUUUAGCUUCAAUUUUACAAAACUGAAUAACAUGUAAUCCACACAAAUAUAUUUUAAAAAUAUAUCACAUGGAUAAUACGUCGAUCUAUGAGCAAGAUAAUGUAUCUAUCUCUACCUCAAGUAGUACAUAUAUCGAAACAAAUUCACCGGAACGAGCACAAGCUUCCUUUAAUAAAGAAUUACGAAACUUUUUAAGUAGGCAUCAGAUUGUAGAAUGCGAUAGUAAAAAGCUAACAGAUAUAUCAGAAGCACGAACAAGAACCCUAUCAUCAAAAUCACCAAAGAGAGCCACUGAGAGUUCCUCAUUUGCAAAAACUUGUAAUAACAAUAAACAAACAAAUUGGUUUCAAUCGAUAGAUACUCCUGACCCAUGUUGGCAUCUUACAUCGGAUUCUAUUCUGAAAUUAAAAGAAAGUACCAGAAAACUUUUAUGUUUACUUGAAGAGAUACAAUCAAAAACUCAUUCAAAAUGUAAUAUUCCUAAUAACAGUAUAGUAAGAAUAUUGAAACCAAUUCCACCAACUAAUUCACUUCCUUCAGCCAUAAAUAAUAUAGGUACAGGAGAGUUGGUUGCAUUAGAAAAACAGACAAAAGCCUUAGAUGCAAUUUACAUUCAGGAUCAAGAUGAUGACUGUUCUAUUUAUAAAAGACUGACAAGAAAAUGCCAUUGUUUAAACCGAUAUGAAUAUAAUGAUUUCAUAAUACAUUUCAAUGAAAAUACAAAAUAUUUCACAAGCAAUAUAGGUGAAAUAAUAAAAAAUAUGAGAAUCCUUAAAAAGUUUCUAUAUAUGAAUGGAGGUUACACUAACAAGGCGUUGAUGUUUUUAAAUGAAGGUUUACGAGAGACUAUUCACAGUGAAAAAGUUGAAAUAACUCAAGGCUGUGCCUAUACAGAUAUGUGUAAUGUUUUUGAUAAUCAUUCAAUUGUUACUAUAUGUGUAUCUUGGCCAUGUAAAUAUCAAAACUAUGGAGAUACAAUGACACAAGCAUUAGCAGCAAAAUUAUUGUAUAAACUUGCUCAACUUGAAGAAGGUAGGAGGUACCUUAACUUCAGUUCAAAAAUAACAAAUGACAUUAAAAAACUGUUGAGGAAAAAGGCUUCUAAAUUAGACUUUGACACAACAGAGACUUUAAAUGCUACUUUGAACGUAUUGCAUCCUCCAUUAGAUCAGCAUGUAAAUAUAACAUACUACUGCAAACCAGUAGAUCAAGCUUUAACAAAUAAAAUAGUUAAUGCAUUAGUGGAAUAUAGAGAGUAUAUGACAUUAGAUGAAGUGUUUACUCAUUUGGACUUAUUGAAAAAACUGAGCCAAAAAGACAGUGAUGAAGAACUGACACAGUUAAUACCAGCGAUUUUAAAUUUAUUUAAAAAUAUGCUUAUUGAAUAUGAUAAUAGUGGGAUGAAUAUAAUAGUAACAAAUAUUUUGAAUAAUAUUGUUUCCAAUAAUCUAACGAAGGAAACAAGAUCAGAAUCACCUGCAACAAUGAUUAUUGCUGAUACUGCCACAGAGCCUAUUAAAAUGAAAAAUGUAUUUAAUCAAAUACCUUUAAAGAAAUAUAUAAGGAAGAACAAUAAAUCGAAGUUAGGACUUUCUCCAAACAAACAUCGCCAGCCAUCGAAACGCAAAGUGACAAAUUGAAAGCCUCCAGGGUCACUUAAUAAAUCUCGAAAGUUCAGCAAAGUUACAAUUUAACUUAUCUAUAGGUAAGAUGUUUCUGUAUCUACUGAAAGUAUUGCAUGCAGUAUGCAAUUAUCAUAUUGUUACAGAUAUACAACAUUCUGUUAUAGUUGUACCUAAAAAAAUAAAAUUAGUUGAACUGUGGUAAAAAUAGUAUAAUCUCUUUAUAAAAUAUUUGUAUAAAACACAAUAAUAUAGACAUACAAUGAUAUAAAUUAACCAACUAAACAAAUUUUACAAACACAAAUUAUAACCCCAUAUAAAAACUCUGACAACUCU